AUGAAUGCCUUGUUAGAUUACGGUUCAUCGUCUUCGAGCGAUACUGAUGAAGAAAAUGCGGAGGAAAAGUCUUCAGAAGAAGCAGUGAAACCCAAAUUUCCUAAACCAGCCAUAGGAGAGAGCGCACUACAAACUUCGGUGUUUUGCAACCCAUUCGUGGAAGCAGAACUUGCAAAAGCAGCGAUUCUAGAAAAACACGUUAAAAUGGUUCCAGGCAAAGACCACAUGCAGAUGAUCAACGGAAAGAAGAUAUGCUGGAACUACCGCAAGGGGAAGUGCCGGUUUGGUCACAAUUGCAAAUAUGCACAUGAUUCUGACAUACAGAAGACUCCACAGGAGCUGGAAGCUGAGAAAGAGAAAUUAAGACAGAAGACAGUAGUUUGUGAAAGCUCCGGCACACAGACAUCCAUCCCGCCCCCUCAAGUUACUUUGGAACCUACACUACCAACUGAUGAUAGCAUCUGGGAAGGGGCACCAGACAAAAAGAAGAAAAGGCCAGGGUUGAGUACAAAUCUUGUUCCAGGAAAGAAAGUACUGCAGAUGUAUAAAGAGCAAAGAUAUAGAGAUAAUGUUAAAAAUAAAACUAAAUAAGUAUAUUUGUU